AUGAAGAACGACACUACGGUGAAUGCGGAACAGGAAAAGCUCUUGGAAAAUGCUGUACGGGUCGUCAGAGCAGAGUCUCUGGAAAUGAAGCGGUGUUUGGACAAAGGUGAGACGAUGGACGCGUUGAAGCAUGCUUCACAGUUUUUGAGCGAACUGAAAACCAGUGACUUGUCACCCAAAUUUUACUACAGAUUAUAUAUGGAUGCAGUCAGUGAACUUCAGCACCUCGAAUCCUUUUUGGUAGAUGAACACGAACGAGACAAAACUAAAAUUGAAAAUCUCUAUGAAUGUGUGCAAUAUGCUGGUGCAAUAGUUCCAAGAUUAUACUUACUCAUCACAAUCGGUGUAGUGUACAUCAAAUGUGGCGAAGAUACUCGUCGCAAUAUCUUAAGUGACCUUGUUGAAAUGUGUCGAGGUGUACAGCAUCCACUACGUGGUUUGUUCCUUAGAAAUUAUCUUCUGCAAAGCACCAGGACGCUGCUUCCGGAUAACCCUGACCUAACCAUGACGGAGGUAAACGAUUUGCCAGAGUCUGACAAGGAACCUCGUGAAUGCGAUGGAAACGUCACAGAUGCAGUGCAUUUUGUUUUGGUGAAUUUCGCAGAGAUGAACAAACUUUGGGUUCGGAUGCAACAUCAAGGUCCUUCCAGAGAGCGAGAGAAAAGAGAGAAGGAUAGGAUGGAGUUACGGUAA